GUCACGUAGGGGCGUGUCAUGGACUUACGGUGGGCGUGGUUGUCCCGAUCAGUCUGGUCCCGGAGCUCGGACCGGAGCGGGCAGGGGAGGAUGCUGCCCGGCCGGAGGAACGUAUAUGUGCUGCUGGACGUGCUUUGCGUAUGCGUCGCGUCCAUGCCAUUUAUUAUUAUGACUCUAGUGAACAGACCAUACAAACGUGGUUUCUAUUGCGAUGAUGAGUCUAUCAGAUAUCCUUACCGAGAUGACACAAUCACUCAUGGUCUGAUGGCUGGAGUCACCAUAUCCUGCACAGUUAUCAUUAUCACUUCUGGAGAGAUGUACAUGGUCUUCUCUAAACGUCUGUAUUCCCGCUCUGAAUGUAACAACUAUGUGGCAGCAUUGUACAAGGUGAUUGGAACAUUUCUGUUUGGCGCCUCAGUCAGCCAGUCUUUCACUGAUCUUGCAAAGUACAUGGUAGGACGUCCACGCCCCAAUUUUUUGGCUGUUUGUAACCCUGAUUGGUCGACUGUGAACUGCUCUGGAUAUGUGACUGAAUUUGAAUGCCGUGGAAUUCCUGCAAAUGUAACAGAGUCCAGACUCUCCUUCUAUUCGGGGCACUCAUCAUUUGGGAUGUAUUGCAUGCUUUUCCUUUCGUUAUAUAUCCAGGCGCGGUUGUGUGGUAAAUGGGCUCGCCUUCUUCGUCCUACAAUUCAGUUCUUCUUGUUGUCAUUUGCGCUAUAUGUUGGUUAUACUCGAGUCUCGGAUUACAAGCACCAUUGGAGUGAUGUUCUUGUCGGAUUUUUGCAAGGUGCCAUUGUGGCUGCGCUUACUGUUCGCUAUGUCUCAGAUUUCUUCAAGGUCCGACCCCCUCAACCAUGUAGUAAAGACCCUCUUGAGAGCAAACCAAGCCUCCAACUCUGUGAAUCUGACCAAAAUCACUUUGGAUACCUGGCCGGAUCAUGAUACUGUUCUGUUCUGUUCCAAGGGGAUCUUUUGGACUAAUUGUGCGAGUUUCUGCAAUUUGAAACGCGCUUGGACUUUUAAAAGAGAAAAUUUUUGUGAUAAUCCUGUUUUUCAGCACAAAGCCAAAUAACUUUUUAUAUAAAUAUAACUAUAGAGAGAUAUCUAGAAAGAUGGGUAUCUCAGUAUAUGAAAUGUGUGACCGAGUGUGUGUUUUCUGAUGCAAAAUAGAUUUAUACCCAUUUAUUAUGCAUUUGUGUGAGGAUGUUUUGAGAGUGCGCAGAAUGCCUUUUUGGAUUUUUGAAUUGUGUGUGUCACGUUUCGGUUGUUAGUGUUUCAGCUAUCUGCUAGCCUGUGGUUGGCAUUGGCUGGGAACCCUUAGUGGAUUGAUAGGGCUACUUUUUCAUUCCAGUCACUAUUUCAGUAGUGUACAGUCUGACUGCCCUAGGAGGAAGUAUGGAGGGACUGUCGUGUUGUAUGUCUGUAUUUCUGUUUAAACCACUGCUUUACACCUCAAAGGGAAUAACCAGAACCUAUGGGGAGAGGUUAAAGGAAAAUAACUGCUUUAACACUCUUGUAUAUAAGAAAUGACUUUAUUACUUUUUCAUGUGUAUGUAUCCUAACCUGAGCCUGUGGGCUGUAAAUAAAGCAAUCAUCCCAUC